CCUUUGAUGUCAAAUGGCAUCGACGCUCCGCGGCGGUAUCGGUGGUAUUGCUCAGACGACGGAAAACCCAGUGCAAGUGUCGGUAAUAAUGGAGCCAAUAAAGAAGAAAGCACAAAAUUUCAUUGAAAUCAAGUGCCCAAAAAUUAGAACUUUCAUAGGGAAAAACACUAAAGACUAUUGUAAUGACACCACCAUACAUGGUCUUAAAUAUAUAGCCAAUAGCAGUCUAUUUCCUCUAGAAAGAAUAUUUUUCGCAUGUUCUUUUGUGAUUGUCGUGCUUGGUGCGGUUUUUUUCGUGGAUAAAGUCUAUGAAAAAUGGAAUUAUACACCGGUUAUAAUGAGCAUAAAUUCUCAGCCCACUGGAAUAACUCAAGAUCCCUUUCCGGCAGUUACUAUAUGCAAUUUGAAUUUGGCUUCUAAACAAAAAGUUGAACGGUUUUCCAUCUAUUCACUUGAAUAUACUAUGAUACAAAUGAUGUGCAGAUAUCCUGUCAAUGAAACUAUUGCUAAUGAAAUUACCGACUGGAGCAACUUAAGAGGUUUUGUUUCAGAGAUCUCGCAGACAUGUAGUGAAAUGCUGAUCAGCUGCAAAUACGGUGGAGUUAAGUACAAAUGUACUGAAAUUUUCCAGCCCGUUAUAACCGACAGCGGUUCAUGUGAAGGUUAA